CCAGCUUCUCCUCCACCGGCCGGCGGCCACCCUUCUCUUUCCGACGCAUAUCCUCGUAUUUACGCAUUUUCUCAUUCCGCCUCUCGUUCUCGUUGCCUCGUCUUGGACGAAAUCGCACGAGAUUCACUCGUCGCGGUCGCGGGUCGCGGUUCGGUAGACAACCCUGGAACCUGGACUGGAAUAAGCAUCGCUGGUGUGAUGCGUUAUUAUUAAUGCGUAAUUGACCAUCAGGUCCAUCACGUCAUCAGAGACGUGAUUAGAUAUAACUUGCAUUUUCUAAUACUUAAUUCUAAUUCGAUAGAAAAGUACUCGAUAAGAAUUCCCGAAAAAUUUCCCCAAGUUGGAUGUAUUCAGCGAAUACAUUUCUAUUAUUAAUGCGAGUAAAAUAGCAAACUUGAUUAAGAUUCUAGAUCCAGUAAACAGGUUUUAGAAACUUUGCUUAACAUUCUGCCCCUUAUGGGAUUAUCAGUUGUACGCGAAUAACUGCAGAAAGUAAAGUAAAAGCUAAUUUCUUAUUUCGAGGAUAUAAUAUAUAUUAAUAAAUGAAUUAUUUUCAUGUAAAAAUGUUUCAUUGUGAUUUCUUAUAAUUCGGACAACAAAAUAGCUCUUGAGGAACCAUAAGAUUUGUAUUUUCCAAAAAUAAAGCAAUUUUAGGGAACAUUUUUAAAAUUACUUUGUAUUAGCCAAGUUUAAGAGUUGUAAGAAAACUUGCAGAUAAAUUGUUGAAUGUUUAAACAAAAAUAAAAUUACCUCAAGGUCAUCGUAGUUUAUCAUAAAAUCCUUAUUUCAAAAUCUUAGGAGACAAUUUAUAUAGAAAAAAUUUUAAACACGUUUGUACGUUUGUAUCCGCAAGAAUACGACUCGCUCGUCUCUAUGUCGACGAGCAACUUGCUUAAUUACAGUUACUUGAUUGCUGUAUCUGUCAUGUCUUAUUAUUAAUAUCUGCAAUUCUGCAGUACAAACAAAACUCACGGUAUCCAUUCGAUGGAUGCCUGAUCUAUUAAACCACGUCACGAAGACGAUCCUCAAAUAUAUUCGAUCGAUCUCUCGUUUACGAUCACGAAUUGUUGCUAUGGGAAAAUCUUUUCUUCCCGUCGUUAAUAAGGGAAAGUUACACACACACAUACACACACACACAAAUUGCUCCCCUCGACGUCCGUUUUUCGUGGCCUCUGUCUCUUUGGUGUCGCUAGGUGAUUGCGAACGUUGGUUUGGCUUCUAGGAUAAGGAGGGUCGUCGGACGCCCCAUACUUUUCGCAAAUGUUAGUACCACGGGCCGCCUAAUGCCGAGACGAUGCUUCACGAGCGAUUUGUGAUCCUUUCUUCUAACGCGCGAAUUAAACGAAUUAAAACUGAGAAUUGCUCAUUACGUUGCAUUUCUUUAUGCGAAUCUCAUUGCUUUCUCUCGUCUAAUUCGCCUAAACUAAUUCUGAACAUUGUCACGUAGCGAUGAUAAAAAUAAUAAAAUAUCGUUGAAAAUAUCAAGAUGAAAUGUUUACUCCGAUAAGAAACAAGAAUUCGAUAUGGGAAAGCUAUUAAAAAAUAAAGACGAAGCCGCGGGGUUCGUCGCAUCGAUAGAAUUCGUCAUUCAUUAAUUGAUUAGUAUUAUAGGGCAGUGUCACGCGACAGGACAGAUAGAAAGAAGGAAAAAAAACGCCUCGUUACUUUGAGCAUUAUCCAAUGCUUUGAGAAGAACACAAAGGCCGCCUUCAGCGUUCGCUUUUGCGUUCGUUUUUUUGUGCGGCGCAACGCGUUGUGGAGAUGACACGGAGAUGCGGGAGCGGGAGAUGCUCCUAGCACGCGCUAAUUUCCGAAGCACGUGUGUGUCUUUUCCCUUCGUUUAUCGCGUUACGCGUUACGCGGACGUGGCGAAUUUCGAGAUGAUUCUUUUACCGAGAAUUACGUGUAGCUUAGUUUUAUUACGACAAGGAGCUGAAAUGCUGUGGCGUCGAUGAAACUGUACUAUGUCGCAACUGUAUACUUGGACAAUUUUCACUCGCAAUCAUUUCCCAAAUCCAGAAUAUCCAGAAUGAUGUUUAUCAGUAUCAUUUUUAAAUGUAUUCAGAUAUGUUUUAUGAUACUCGACGUGAUCACAAAAUUUAAAAUAUAAUAUCGCUAUCGAAAAUAUAAAGAUUAUAACGUACAACGAAUAAGAGAUGGUAAAAGAUGCGAUAGAUUCUUUAAUCCUCGAACUGUGCCUCUCGGCUUUAACAAAUGUUUAUGAAAGUAAUUUAUGCGUGUAAAGAUAAUCGCGUGUCAUAUCUCUCUCGCUCUCUCUCUUUUACCAUUUACAAAAUUUCUCACGGAUUACGGGAUUAAUCUAUGCGAAAACUAAAAACAUUCUCUGUGCUUUUUAUUAUUUGUAUUAUGCAUUGCCUAUUAUGACAUGUUAUUAAUAUUAUCUGAGAUAUUACUUGAGAUGUAUAUAUAUUCAGUUUCGGAGUCAGUCUGCGCUUUCGCAUUCCCGCGCUUCGUUUGCCGUGGUGAGAAUUUUGCUCGUCUUCUCUUGGAGCAGUUCGGUAUAAAUAGACGUAGGAUCGUACUAGAGAUCGCGCAGAACGCGAUAUAUACCCAAGACACUCUUCGGGAGCACGGUAAUUCGGGUAAUUCGGUUAAUUAACGAUAAAACGACUGGGAUAAAACGUCGUCGUAUAAAGAUAAAUCGAUAAUCGGACGAAUUAUUCCAUUCCUUGCCGAAAAUGCCGAAGAACUCGUGCCGUUUUCUUGCGAUGCUAUUUACAUGCCUUGAUCUCUCUUUAGUCCCGUAAACGUAAAACGUAAACCAUACGCAUCCUCCAAUCAUAGUUAGUUAUCUGCGAUAGCAGAUGCAAUUUACUUUUACAAUUAGACUAACAAUAAUAAGUCAGUUAUUUUCAUAAAUGGAAACGGGAAAAGGAUGAAGAUAUGGGACGCGACGCUACAAGCUACAACAAAAAGACGCGUCUCGAUGUAAUGUAAAUGGCGGAAUCUGUUCUCUUUGGCGACGCACGAUACACGACACACGUGUUCGCGUUUACGCGAUGACGCGCGUGUUGCUCGUCAGCACUCGUCAGUACGACGGUACGCAACUUUCAACUUGUAUGCCAUUGAAAGAGAAGAAAGAGAAAGAUCGAAAUUCUUGGCGUAACCAACGAAUGUUAUGCGAUAACUAGAUUUUGUGUUUUACGAUUCAUUUGUACGAGGAAGAAAUGGCUGGUAUCGGCAAAAGGACACUCUUAUGUGAUAUUAAUCCACAUCUAAUGUGUCUACUAUGCCGGGGCUACCUUAUAGAUGCCACAACCGUAGUAGAGUGUUUACACUCCUUUUGUAGAAGUUGCAUCUUGAAGUAUCUCAGUACUGCAGCACACUGUCCAUCGUGCAAACAUGCGAUCAACAAGGCGAAGCCGAAUAUCAAAGCUGACAAGACGUUACAAGAGAUCGUAUAUAAAUUGGUGCCCGGGUUAUACCACAAAGAAAUGCUGAAAAGGAGAGAAUUUUACAAGAAGCAUCCCGAACAUGCCAACUCGGCAACGCCGGAGCAACGCGGCGAGGAUGUAAGCGGACGUUUAAUAUUUAAUCCAGAGGAUCAAGUGAGUUUGAGUUUGGAGUAUUUACCGCCGGGAGCAGAUCCGUUGACUAUAUUGAGUACCAGCGACAUGGAUACAAACAACUCGAAUAAUGCCAACAGUAAUAACGAUAAUAACGGUAAUUGCAACGGUAAUAUUGAUAGCAGAAGGUAUCUAAAGUGUCCGGCUCUAGUAAGUGUGGCACACCUGAAGAAAUUUAUAGCGAUGAAAUACAGCGUUGACGUAACGAGAUAUACCAUCGAGAUUUGUCAUCGACGCGCGACACUUCCCGAAAAUUGGACUCUCAUGGACGUCGCUUAUAUCUAUGCGUGGAAAAGGAUUGCACCGAUGAGGUUUUUCUAUCGAGUGGCACAAGAGGAACAAAGACUCGAAGCACCGUUGCAUCAAAGACCAUCGACUCCGGGACUCGGAGCUCGGGACUGCUUGCCACCGAAGGAGGCGCAUAACGACAGCAAUCUAGAGAGUAAAUCCGUUAACCAUUUGGAAACUUCUAGAUUAGAGAUUAAACCUGCGAGCGACAAUGUUGAGACGACAGUAUCGGCAAAAGAUUUAAACAAGAUUGCCAAUGACGGGAUAAUAUCGCCCGUGAAUCGCAAGCAAAUGACAAUAAUCGAGAAAGACGAAGCAGACGAAACGACGGUGUCAAGGACGACUACGUCCGCAACGUCGUCGACGUUAACGACAAACGUCACAAGAACGCUAACCACAACAACGAAUGCAUCUCUCCCAUCAGGAACAAACACGUCCCUUUCGACGACAUGUAACGAUUCGAACAAGCAGAUAAAGAGUCCAAUUAAGAUACUGAAGAAUCCGGACGGAAGAUACGAGGUAAUGAAAAGUCCGCCCACUGCUGCCGUAACAGACGUCAAGAGCCCUACGAGUCCUAAUCCCGAAUUUAGUGUCGUGAAUUCUAAUGGUGUAAAGAUAACGUUGAAGCAGUGUUCGCCGCCGCAGAAUAGUAGCGCGAAAAAACCAAAAGUCAUCAGCAAUAUUCUGUUGCGUUGCGGCCAAAUGGAGAAAAACACGGCGCAGCCGUCGAGUGCGUUAAUGAUCCAGCAAGUGCAACAGCAACAGGACAAGGACAAACUUACCACGACUAGUCCGACAUUGCCGAAUAAACAAGAAAAACAACGGCGUAAAGUAACCUUCGUGGAUCGAUCUUCAACACCUGAGAAAACCUCUCCCACUACCAGCGUUACAAUGCCAAAAACCGUAUUGAAAAAACCGGCGGAGCAGCAGGACAAGAAACAAUUUCUACAGGGUUUUCAAUUGACCGCUAGAGAACCAUCAAUGGACGAUAGCAAGCUGAAAUCUCCCGUUCGAGACAUUAACGUUGGGAUGAGCACCGUUAAAUCUUUUCAAAAAAAUAAUGCGAUACCGAAGAUGGAAGAAUCUUCUAAGAGAGACUCUGACGAAGUCAAGAAGAAGAAUAACAUUGAAAACACCGGCUCGAACGCGAAUAAUAAUACCACCACGACAAAUAUAAUUACAAAACGCGUUUCUGGAAUACCUGCCAACUCACGAACAUACACACACAAAACCGACGACGCAGAUGGACACGCGGGUAAUUCAGGAACGAGUCCAAACAGCAUGAACAUCGCGAGCAGCAAUCAUGCUGCCAAAGCAGAUGUGUACACCUUCUCCAGCGAUCCGCCAAUUGUUCCAGCUGGAGCAGUCAAGAGGAAGUGUCCUCCGGGUGUACCGAUUGCUGAUCUCAAGCGUCGAAAAACAUCACAGGUUGUGCAGAGACAAGAAAUUAACAAGAAACAAAAUUCCUCAUAUAAUUCUGCUGUUAAUAAGCUAUCGCGUACUUCUUCCACAGAGCAUGUAGUUCCUAUAAGUUCCAGAGCGAUCAAUACGGUAGGAGAUUACGAUGCCGGGUCGAGCCGCGUGUCCAACGUGAAUAAUACUAAAGCAUCGACUGGUCCAUUGCUUUCGAACGACACUAGAGAUUUGCUGGGCUAUAACUACGGUUUGAAUAUUCCGGCGAGUUUGAGCAUAACACUGACCUCGCCUAAAUCUCCAGGAUCUUCCGGACAAUUCGUCGAACCUAACGACUCCAACGACAAUAGUCGGAAGGCCGUGUUGGGCAAAGUAAACCCCAAUAUCACGCUGAACGACCGUUCAGUCGAUCCACGCGUGUGGAAAGCUCUGAAGACUGGGCAAAUCAAAAUGCCAACUACUCCGUCGAAAGCUAAAUCAACGGCAACAGCAGCGCCGGUGACAAAGCAGACGAUGUCCACGGUGAUGACCGAUCGGGGUGAGACAGCGAAUCAACAACGUACGACGACAUUAGCUGCCAAACGGAAAAAAGAACACGAAUCAUCUAGGGAUAUUCUGGACUUGAGCGGAGGCAAUAGAAAGAUGGACAUACAUCCUCUGAGAAUUCCACAGCCGGUGCCGAAACUUAAUAAAACUAAUAAAGUUACAGCAGGUAGAGAUAGUAUGCAACCGGGAGGUAUCUCCGACCAAGGUCAAGUAGUGACGCUCAUGGGUGGUCAUAGAUAUUACCGAGCACCACCGGGCUCUCUGACACCCGCCGCUCAUCGCGUCAACGAUUGCCCGUUACCACCAUCGCCAUCGCCAUCGCGUACACCUGUCUAUGCACCGUCUUUCGGUAGCAUCAACCGAUCAAGUUCGGAUUUCUCAAAUAUCUUCCCGAGCCUACCUAUCUACGCUCUUCAACAGGCGCCGAAUCUUCAGCAGUUUCAGCAGAUGGAUACAGCACGGUUGAGAUUACCACCGCGAUCUGCUACAGAAAGUGGAACGAUAUCCGCGAUUGGAAGCGGUGACAACACUAAUUCCAAUAUUAGUAGCAUACCGGGGAAAAGUCACCUGGCCGCACAGUGUGCACCCAUUAAGCCCGCGAGAUCUUCCGUGGCACCUUUAGCGGUUCCUAUUAACAAGCAACAACCCAUCGAAAAAUCCACAAACAGUAUCAACCGAACAGUCCCGGUUGACCCGACCAAGUCUCUAGCUCUUCGUAACAACGAAACCACGGAUGAAACUUGUCAUGUCCAAAAGAGAUACUCCUUGAGUGUCGAAAGCACAAAUAAUAGGUUCUUGUCGCGAAACGAAUGCGUGAAGAAUAAUGAUCGAGUCACCAAUGAAACAAUUAGAGAUUUGAAUGUCGAGUCCAGGAACGAAACGAUCAAUACUGAUAAUUCGGUGCAACAGCAGCUGCAGGAGCAACAACAUCGCGAAGCAAUGAGUCCUAAUAUCGUAUCGUCAACGGCUUCACCGUCACCGCCUCCAGGUGGCAAUGGUGGUAUAAACGUGAGGAAUGAAGAUAGUGCUAACAACAGUGAUACUAAUAUCAACAGUAAUGAUUCGAACGAAAGUAACACCGUGACGCCUGGUCAGACAAAGAGCAUCAGCUCUGAGGUGAUGUGCAGCAAAUCGCCAGAUAGUCCGGAUUCCAGUUCGAUCACAGUAGAGAAUUCGGGGACGACGAGCAAGGGUUCAACCUUAACGGAUCGGGAAAUGCCGAUGGACGUCCAGACGUCGCCGGACACGGCAAAAGCCUCGGAAUCGACUGUGAAUCCAGACGACAACCCCGUCGACGAUUCGACCGCUACUAACGACAAGAAUAAGUUUGCCAACAACAAAUCGGAAGCAAGUGAAAUCGCGAAACAAUUGAUGCAAAAAAGUUUGCUAGCAGUUUUUCCUUCAACUGAAUGGGCGAACAAUCCCAUAGCCGCUGCACAUCUGGGAAACUUUCUCAAAAGUUUGAACUGUCCGAUAAAGAGCGAGGGAUUCACCGAAGGUUCCAAAGCAGAAAAAGUCGAUCAGAAAACCACCGAUAAUGACGAUAAUAAGAAUCGGUAAUGACACCUUCGCGAAAGUGAGAGAUUUUCCAAGGCAAUUUCGAGCGAUCGUAACAAUCUUACGAAAUUUCAAGAACGAUACGUUUAACGUGAUAUUUAACAUCUACGUGACAACUCGACACAGAAUUUUAUAAUUUGACGAGAGUUUUCAGUUUCUUUUAUCUUGAUUGAUUGAUUGUAGAUUGUAGGCCGGAGAUUUCACUGAAUCGUAUCUAGUUAUCUCGUUGUAAUACGCAGAAAACAUUAAUGAGAAAAAUAUAUGGCAAGCCGAGCACAGAUAAACUCUGAGACACUGCCAUACAAAUCGAAAGAUGCAUAAAAUUAUUUUUAACUGACAAUGAGAUGUACACAGUUAUACUACAAUUCACGCAGUGCAAGGGGAGAAUCUUAUGAUGAGAUAAAAGCAUUACGUUAUACGAUAUACGUAUAUUAUAGAAUAGAUAGGGUAAAGAGCGCAGUAGACCGAGAAUCUUAUUUUUUCAAAUUUUUUAAAAAUAAUCUCACAUAUUGAAAUAAUCUAUAUAAAAUAAUAUAUACAGACUACCACACAUUACUAGUCCAAAAACUUUUAAUAUUCCGGAAAAAAGAACCUGUUACUUUAAUCUGAGUUUUCUUCUUUCUGUUGCAUAUAUAGUACAUACCAAACAAAAAAAAAGAAACAGUUUUUGCAAUCAAUGAUAUAUAACUGAUUAAUUGAAAUGGCUUAUCCAGCAAAUGAGCUUUAUUUUAUAUCUUUUAUAUUUUAAGAGCCAAUACUGCAAAUAUUGGCUACUAAAGUUGGAUCCUCUAAAACGAUUGGCUCAAUAAUUACCUAAUUAAUAAUAUAUACAGUCGAAUCUCUGUAUUCUUAACAUGUCGGGACCAAACUUCAUAUUCUUAACACUUUCUCUCGGAUCUUACUUUAAUAUGCAUGUGCAAAGAAUUAAAUCGUCGGGUCUUUUACUCCACAUGAUUACAUAUAUGGUUACAUAUGAAUACAGGUAACAAAUAUGAAAUAAUAAAAGAAAACAAUGCAGAAAGAGAUACUAAGAAUACGGAGAUAUUAGGAAUGUGGAGAUUCGACUGUAACAGAGGCGGUUGAUUAUAGUUUACAGCUGUAUGGAAAAGUAACAAAGAGCCAAAGAGUCCGCACCUUCUUUAAUAUAAAUUCAAAAUCAUCUACACGAUACACGUCACAAAAUUUUCCUAAUAAAACUUACUAGUUCAUAUCAAGUGCUAGAAAAUUGAAAAUUUCAAGCAUUUUUGAUCUUCCAUUUUAUACUUAGCAUUAUCACAUUCUAAUUAGAAUGUAGAUUUGAAUCCGAGGAGCAGACAUUUAAAAGUAAACAUGACUAUUGCAAAAUUCAAGAAAUAUUUAUAAAACUACAAUUUUUUAAACAACGACGCCU